AUGAACUUCUACUCGCUCUUCCUCUUCGCCAUCCUCUCGAUCGCUCUCGUCGCCGGAAACGAAGGAAAAGGACCGCACGGACACGAAGGACACGCUCCGGACGGAGAUCAUCAUCGAAUCAAGAGAUAUCACGAGAUGCCCAAGUCGGACCUACCCGAUCUGACCAUCGCCGAGUUCUACCGCGCCAUCGAGCCACCAGUGCACAAACCAAAAGUUUAA